ACACAAAGUAGUGAGACGCACAGUCUGAUGUUGGAGACUCAUCGAGCAGCAUUGAGUGUUUCUCACAGAAGACAUUCCUGCACAAGAGACAGCAAACCAACGCAUUGGGUCAGGAUUGUGGUGAUGAUGAUGAUGAUGAUGAAGAGCAGCCUCUCAGGAGCCUUCCUGGUCCUCCUCCUCUGCAGUGAUGUGUCUGGACUGCAAUCUGUGUUGUUAAAAUUUUACACAGUCGUUCAAGAACAUAAAACCUGGCAGGACGCUCAAAGCUUCUGCAGGAAUGGCUCACCAGACUACAAUGAUUUGGCCACCAUGACUACAGAUUCAGAUGUUUCAGAAUUGAAUUUAUAUCACCCUAACACAUGGAUUGGCUUAAAAAGGAGCAGCUCAGAUUCCGGGAAAACAUGGAGCUGGAGCUCAGGGUUUUCAGAGUACAGAAAUUGGAAAUCAAAAGAGCCAAGUAACAACGAAGACUGUGUCACCGUCCUCUCAGGAACUAAAGAGAUGGCUGCCCGACCCUGCUCCGACCGCUUUCCCUUCAUAUGCUACAGGGACAACCUGGUCUUGAUAAACGACAGCAAGACGUGGUACGAAGCGCUGGACCAUUGCAGAGCCCUUGGCUUGGAGCUGGUCAGUGUGCAGCCUGAACCAGACCGUGAACCAAACCAUGAACCAGACCAUAAGUACAUGAUGGCCAAGAUCACAGCGGCCAACACGGAGGAGGUGUGGACAGGCCUUCAUUUCCUGGGCGGUGACUGGCUGUGGAUUAACGGGGCUGAUAUGUUGUACUCUGACCUGCCCGUUUGCCCCAUCAACGGGCAGCACUGUGGAGUCUUAACCAAGAAUAACACAAAGAGUAUAGAGACCAGAUGCUGUUCAGAGAAGAGGAACUUCCUGUGUUACAAGUAAGACUGACACCACUACAAUCAUCACUCCAAGAACGUCCUGCAUCUACUAUCUACCUUCUGUGUUUGUUCAUAUGCCACCAAAAUUUUGAUGACGACGACAUGAAAAUGAUAUGAUGUGUGCUUUUUUCUUCUAAAAUUUUUACUCGUGCCGGAAACUUAGGCAAAUCUUCUAAUUACAAAGCCUCUCAUAGAUUAUAUAUCAGCUCAGUAAAAGUUGUGCUCAGCUUUGUACUCAUUACUCCUUUCUCACACAAUAAAUAGAAGUAACUUGGAAUACUGUAGACAACUUAAAUUUCUUUAUCAUAAAGACCAAGCUCAGAAAUGUAAAGGAAAACUGGGAAACACAAGCAAAUAAGAAAAACAAACCAAAACACUGGUGAUAUAAUAAAGUUAUAAUUUUUCUUUACAUUUCAUAUCUGAGCUCUCUGUUGAAUUUUGUCAUGAUAAUAAUAGCUUUGAGUUGCCGUUACUAUCUACAGUAACAUGUUUUUGCGUAACAAGUAAAUUUCCCUGCUGUGGGAUCAAUAAAGUUCUUAUCUC